AUGGAGAUCGAACCGUCCUUCCCACAAGCGCAGACGGCGAGUAAUGCUCCACUCGCCCCUUUGGCAUGCGCGACAUGCCGUAAGCAGAAGAGGAAGUGCGAUAAGCAACUCCCUUCAUGUAGUUUAUGCUUGCGGAUAGGCCGUCCAUGCGACUACACCGAGGAACUCCGUGCGGGAUCAGCACCGUCUCCUGAGGACUUCAAUGCUUUACGACAGGAAGUUGCUGAGCUCCGCAAUCUUCUUACGCGCGAUCCUGCCCUAAGCAGCACGAGUGGGAACAACGUUGCCACCAACAGCAGUUACAGCGAUGAUAGUAGUGCCUUCCAUAGCAACGGCCCACCAACUCACGGGAGUCUGCCGAAUGACAUUCUCUCACCUACUGGCAACGGCAGCCAGUCCGGAUCAACAUGGCCCGGACCCUCUUCCUUCCCUUCGCUCUUCUUCCUCGACUCGAACGCUUUCGAAUACGAACGCUUCCAAAUACAGGCACCCUACGUACGAGUACCACCAGGCGCUUUGUCGUGUCUUGGAAGCUCUACAGAACUGAGAGCAAUGAUCGAGCACUACUUUGACUCCGUGCACUCCUACUUCCCCAUCGUCUCCAAAAUUCGGCUUUACCAACACCUGUCAAACCCUCUUCACGAGCCAGGUGCUGACAUUGCCCUGCUCUUCAUGUCAAUGAAGCUCGCAUGCAACGAACUCCCUGACGGCACGCCUCCACAAAGCCAGCUUUACCAAGACGUAAAGAGCUUCUACCAUUACAUCGAAGCGCAGAAUGGCUUCAGCAUCCAGCUGAUUCAAGCCCUUGCGUUGAUUGGCCUCUACGAAACCGGCCACGCCAUCUACCCAGCCGCGUAUUUAACCAUCGGUCAUGCCGCUCGACUGGGCAUCGCAAUGGGCAUUCACGAGCGCAGUGUCCCGCAAAUGCUCGCAAAGCCCACCACGUGGACCGAGCAAGAAGAGCGCAGGCGCGUAUGGUGGGGCGUCAUAGUGCUUGACCGCUACGUCAACAUUGGCAACAAGGGUAAGCCUUUCGCAAGCGCAGAUCCAAGUCUCGCAUCGAUCCUCCCUACAGACGACGCGAGCUGGGAUCGCGGGCAGAUGCUCGCAACAGCCCCACUAGCUCUAUCCGCUUCAACAUCCAUCCGCGCGUCGCCCUUCGCGCGCACAUGCCAAGCGAGCCACCUUCUCGGCAAAGUCCUCCGCCACAUCAACGACAAGAGCCUACCUCUCGACUAUCGCUUCGAAGAAGCACUACAACUCAGCCGCACCGUGCGAGCCUUCGCCAUGCUACUCCCCGAAGAAGCCGAGUCGGACGACCCUUCCCACCCCACCCUGUGCACCAGCAUGGCGUUAUGCUACUCCGCCAUACUUGAACUCUUCGACGCAUACAGCUGCACCGAACGCGCCGUGCCCAACGCCCCGGAUACGCAAGUUGUUAUGCAAGAAGAGGCCAUCCGAGGUAUAAGCGACUUCUCUGCAGGAGCGCUCACGCUUGCUCGGCGCAUACGCUCUUUUGCCGAGCGGGUGGGCCUUGGUCGGUUGAGCCCCUUAGUACUGGAUGCGCUAUACCAGGCUACUGCAAACUAUGCGUGGUAUGUGCGGGAGAGUUCGGAUCCCAGCUGCGCGGAGCAUGCGGCGGAGUUGAAGGAGGUGUUAGUAAUGUGUGAUCGGAGGUGGAAAGUGGCUGGAGAGUAUAUUCGGAUCAUUGAAGCUACGGAAUUCGCACUUGCGAGUAGUAUCAGGUAG